CAUCACGAAGGUCCUUUAGCCCGGUAGCUGCUGCUUGUGCGGAGCUGUCAUCCGGCUGUUCAGGGCUGUCAGCCUCCAAAUGGCUGAGUGUGAAACAGACGUUGAAAGCAGCCACCCUCUGGACGGGGAUAUAAGCGGUAUAUCUUUACAGGAAUCCAUGAAAUCGGAUAAUCUCACUGUGCGAUUCUCAGUAGAGGAGCUGGAGUCGCAUGAAGAGAGACAAAAGGAAUCUUGCAAGAGUGAGACGACAAAGAUCCACCAGAGCCCGACCUUAGUGGGUUACAUUUACGUGAAGCCUGAAAUAGUAUCACGUAUUCAGAGAGGAGAGGAGCUGUGUGUGAGGAGCAAUUUGUAUUCUCAAAAGUGGAACCGCAAAGCCAGUUCCUCCACAAGUAAUUGUAAAAGUGAGAGAUCCGAGGAAGACUGUAGGGCUGUAAACUCCUCCGAUACGGCAGCAGAAGAUGACGGAAGUGCACAACAGGAUUGUAACCAAGGCACGAGACAUGUGCUUCAUAUUAAAGGUGUACACAGUGGCGCACUUAUCAGUUCUGCCCCAGAGACUACGGCUGGUGAAGUGGAAAGUCAAUCCACGUCGAAAACCAUACUAAAGAAACCAUGUAUGUCAACCCUUGCUCGAAAACAUGCUAAAGCAAAAUCCAUAAAUGAUCAAGGAAAGGAGAAGCAUUGUACAGAAAAGGAUGCACCGCUUCAGAAACUGUCUUCUGUAAACUCGCAGAAAACCCGCCCAAGGAGGAAACAUUUCAUGAGUGGUAGGGGUAAGACUGCUGAGGCCGCCCAGGACUCUUCAGAGCCUAAAUCAAUCCCUAAAACUAAGCCAGCAAAAUCCUACACCUGCACAGUGUGUGGCAAGAGCUUUACCCAAAAUGCCAGCCUCAUUAUCCAUCACAGAACGCACACAGGUGAAAGACCCCACGUCUGUAAGGACUGCGGAAAAAGCUUUAUCAGUAGCGCAUAUCUAGUCAUGCACCAGCGAAUCCACACGGGAGAACGGCCAUAUGUGUGCAUAGAGUGCGGUAAAAGCUUUAUAAACAGUUCCAAUCUUAUCAUACAUAGGAGAGUACAUACCGGAGAAAGACCCUACGUCUGCAACGAAUGUGGGAAGAGCUUCCGACACAGCUCGGAUCUUGUCCGACACCAAAAAGUCCACACUGGGGAGAGGCCCUACAUGUGCUCGAAAUGUGGAAAAUGUUUUUUCCGAAGCUCUCACCUUAUUAGGCACCAAAGGGUUCAUACGAAAAUGUAGCGGAGCAGUAUCUUUUAUUUAAAAAUGUACGCGGUACAUUUGUAUCUGAUUCCUAAUCGCACAUUGCCAAAUAUUUAGUUGUACUUAUUGCACUUUUAAAAAGACUUGUAUGUCACCAUGACUUAAACCCCUCCCGAUUAUACAGAUGUGUCAACCCUUACGUCUAGCCUAAAAUGUAUAAGGACUUCCCUGCCUAGCAAAUUCAAUACAAUAUUGCAUCUUCCUAACAAAACCCUUGAUGGACUGUAGUUCACAACACAACCACUGGGUGGCCACACGGACACACAUACAUAGGAUAGACCUCGUAUGAGUACUGUAUCUUGAAAUCUUGCACUACUCAUCUCUGAUUAUGUUGAGACCAGAGGAAAGGUAAGGAAGUACACACCUGUACUUCAGCAGCCAGUGGCAUGCUUUAUUCCAACCUACAAAGCUUAUAUUUUCAUGCAGACAUGUUACAUUCCUUCAUUUUAUAACAUUCUAUAUCUCAACCACUAACCAGGCUUCCUACUUUAGGAUCAUCAUGCCAUGGUUGCUUCUAUUCCUCACAAAUCCCAAGCAGUGCACUUAGAAAUUGGCUGAUUGCACUAAAAGUACAACUUACAACUAUCACAUUGAUAAUGAUGACAUUGUCCCUACCGGGCCAGCCCUGCAGUCCCCUGGUGUAACUAGUCUCCCGGCUCUUCCUGG